UAAACCACUAGCAAGAGGCGCUUCCUUCCGUUAUCCUGUCCGGGAGCACAGAGCCGCUUCGUUAUCCGCUGGCCGCUGCUGCUGCUUCUCUGCGAGCGAGUGAGUGAGGAAGGGAACGGCGACGAUGGCCGGCAUGGCGGCGCUGCAGGGCGCCAUGGGGGCGCUCUCCGUCUCGGCCGCGAGCACCAGCGCCUUCUGGGGUAACCCGCUCGCCGCCACCUUCUCCGCCGCGCCGUCUGGGGUCAGAUUCAUGGCCAAGACAAGCCCAAUUGAAAUGAGGCUUAAGCGGUGGGAACGGAAGAAGUGUAAGCCAAACAGUCUUCCUAUGCUGCACAAGAUGCAUGUUAGGGUCGGCGACACAGUGCAGGUCAUCGCAGGCCGUGAGAAAGGUAAAGUUGGAGAAGUUGUACGGCUUUACAAGCACAACAGCACUGUGAUAGUGAAGGAUCUGAACUUGAAGUCAAAGCACAAGAAAGGCACAGAGGAUGAACCGGGUGAAAUUGUCAUGAUUGAAGGCCCCAUUCAUAGCUCGAACAUGAUGCUCUACUCAAAGGAGAAGAACGUGACGAGUAGGGUUGGGCACAAAAUCCUCGAGGAUGGCACCAAGGUCCGCUACCUGAAGAAGACCGGUGAAGUGAUCGACAGCGUUGAUAACUGGGUGAAGGUGUUCAAGGAAGGAGAUUCUGAGUCAUCAUCGUAGUAUGGAAACGCUGCACAUGCUCUCAACCUUGGCUGCGCUUAUUGCUGCCCAAACGCUUACUCGGCUGGUGCCGCUGCUUGUAAGAUCAGUUUUCUUCUAGCUUCAGAGCCUCUUUUGUAAAUUACUACUACUGCUACAAAGUUGUCACCAUUUUUGCAAUGCUUGGUCCAGCGAGAAGGCCUUUUUUUUUUA